ACCAGAGGCCAGGAAGGAGGAGGGUGCCCCUCUGCCCGGCAGGUGGGGGUACCUUGCUGCACCCAGGCAGCCUGACCUGAGGCCAUGGUGAUCCAACAGGUGGGCAGCAGGGGGCGAGUGGCAGCCGAGAUUCUUGAAAGGAGAAGGGGCAGUCGCUGUGAGGACAAGAAACAGACGCUGUUGGCGUUGCUGAUCUUGGUCCUGUACGUGGGCACAGGAAUAUCAGGAAGAAGUUGGGAGGUGUCAGAAAGGAUCAGAGAAUGUAACUAUCCCCAGAAUCCUGUGGCUUCCCAGGGAUUUGAAUACCAGACCGAUGAACCCGCAGAAGAGCCGAUAAGGGUCAUCAGGACCUGGCUGAAGGAACACUUGCACGUUUUCUUGGAGAAGCUAGAAAAAGAGGUGCAGGAGUUGGAGCAGCUGGUACAGGACCUGGAGGGGUGGUUAGAUGCCCUUCUGGGAGAGGGGCACCCGGAGGAUCCCUGCUCCAGCUUCAAGAACGGUUUGUGAGGGCCCGGGGCUGGACCCUGGGGAGGAUGCCAAGUGAAAGGCGGGGGAAGCCUGGCCAGCUGACAAGAGCUGAGCUGUGACACUUGAAUUUCAAAGCAGGCAAGACAAUAAAAUACCUGAGACCCUGA